UAAAGGAUUCGAAUAUCUUAGCGAAAGCGAUUACGUAUCUUAAAAAAAAAUAACAAAGAAAUGAGAUGUAAUUCGUUUAACUAAUGAUAGAGGCAUUCUCUAGCAAACCAGCAGCUCGUACCUCAGCAUGAUAGCGAUAUUAACCUAUUAAACUAAUCCAAAAGGUGCUGACAAAAAAAAAACUAAUCCAAAAGGUCAUUGACCAAUAUACAAACAUCUGUUAUCCAAGGAAAAUAAUUACAAUAUAUGGGAAACAAAUGGAAAUCAGGUAAAUUUUACGGAUUUAUUAUCAUAUAAUAAUGGUUAGGGAGUAAGCUUUAGAGAUUAACACUAUUUUUAAAAAGAAGACACGUGGACGAAUCGUAACGGGUUACGGGAAAAAGAGCGGGGGGGGGGUUUAAAGAUUAACAAACCGCCUCCCGAUAAACCAACAACACGACGGUGUGAAACGGCUUUUAAAUAUCUCUGCCGUCUUCCCGAUCGCUCUUUCGUUUAUUCUAUUUCAACGGUUGCGAUUCUCUCUCUCCCUCCCUCCGACCAAACCCAUCUUCGAAACUCAAUACUACACGCAACACCAAACCCCAAAGACUCGAUCUUUUUUGGUUCUUUGAGAUUAAUGGGGUAUAAUAACCAGCCUGAUCCAGAUGCUGUUCGGUGGGGUCUACACGACCUCGAGGUUUGUACACUCACAAACGCUGGCUCUUGCCGCAGCGUAACGCGUUACGAGACGGAUGGUGUAGCUGAUCAAGGCUAUGUUAGAGAAGGUUACAACAACAACCAGACUUUGACUGGUAGUUAUGUCGACAAUGAUGCUGUCAUCGCUCAGUUUUACCAAGACGAGUUGUCUAGAGUUGAUCGAGCUGAAGCAUCUAAUGAUCCUAGUCGAACUUCAGUUGUUGAACAAGAAUGGCCUCCUCACCCUCGUCAAGGGGAAGCCAUUGAUAUUUCUCAUGAAAGAGAUGGCAUGGAAGAUAAGAACGUUGCAAGGUUAGGGAAUCAAGGGGAGGGAAGUUCCCCAGGUCGUGAUGAUGAUGAAUCAGUUUGUUCUAUAGAAAUAGAAGAAGAGUCUUGGUCUGAGUUUGGGAAGCGACUCAACCACAUGAUUCCUAUUGCUCAUGUGCCUAAAAUCAAUGGAGAGUUACCGUCAGAGGAUGAACAGGUUUCUGAUCAUCAACGGCUAUCUCAGAGAUUACAGCUUUAUGGCUUGGUGGAGAACAAGAUUCAAGGAGAUGGAAACUGCCAGUUUCGAGCACUAUCAGACCAGCUUUACCGCUCUUCAGAGCACCAUAGUGCUGUUAGAGAACAAGUUAUUAAUCAGCUUGCGUAUAAUCGAGAGAUGUAUGAAGGCUAUGUUCCAAUGGCGUACAACGACUAUCUUAAAACAAUGAAACGGAAUGGAGAAUGGGGUGAUCACGUGACUCUUCAGGCUGCUGCGGAUUGGUUUGGUGUUAGGAUGUUUGUGAUAACUUCAUUCAAGGAUACAUGUUACAUUGAGAUCUUGCCACAUUUGCAGAAGUCCAAUCGCCUUAUAUGUUUAAGCUUCUGGGCUGAGGUUCAUUACAAUUCAAUCUAUCCUGAAGGAGAGCUGCCGGCACCUGAGGGCAAGAAGAAGAAGAAGAAAUUUUGGGUUUUCUGAGCUCUCUUUCUUCUGAAGGGAGCACAAAGUUGAGGAAAGAAGUCUUGAGUACAUCAUCAUGUUUAUUCUUUUUUACUAACGUAACUUAGAAUCUAUAGAGCAAUAUGAUCUUUGUAUAUACUGAAUAUAAUCCCAUCAAAGUAUUAACCAUGGAGACCCGUAGUGUGUUGAAAAGCUGUACUUUUUAUAUAUGUUGGAAUAAAUCGAUAAAAGGAAGGUUACAGUGUGUAA